AUGUCUUUCAGCAUAUCGAAUUUUAUUGGUGACCCAUUUGCUAUAUCUACGAUCUCGUUUGGGUUGAUAGCAUGGAUCAUUUCCAUAGCAGGGGCCGGAGCAUCUAAUCAAAGCAAUUUUCCCCAUUUCAGUUGGUGGGGCAUAAUGUACCAGUUGGUGAUAAUGGUGGUGAUUACGGUGUUGUACUUGUAUAACACUAUCGAGUUAUACAAGUUUACGUUGGUGGGAUUGUUGUCGAUUGCGUUUGUAUAUUCGACCAACUCGACCAACAACUUGAUAUACAAGACGGGAGACUCGGGAAUGUUGUGUUGUGCAGCAGGAUGCAUUUUGUUGUCGAUGUUGAACUUGAUCUGGAUCUUAUACUUCGGGGGACAUCCAGAAUCACCUACAAACCAGUUCAUCGACUCAUUCUCGUUGAAAACACAUUCGCACAACCACGGCCAUUUGCCUUCAUCUGAUAACAAGGCUGUUGAUGGAGACAUAGAUGACGAGGUAGAAUACAAGAGGUACGCCUCAUCUCAUUCAAAUACCCAGUUCCAAGACAACAAUUUGAGACAGUCGCAACUCACUACAAAUAACAAGUCGGUCAAUACCCCAUACAUGUCCUCGUCACAAUUGAAUGGCUUGGAGAACUUUUCUUCAUCUGACGUACACCAGAGCAGAGACUUGACCAGUAACAAAAGACAGACUGUUUAUAACGAUACGAACUCUGUCAAUGAUACCGGUAAUGUAUUCAGGUAUAAGGCUAAGGCUUUAUACAGCUACGAUGCCAAUCCAGAAGAUAUCAAUGAAAUUUCCUUUGUCAAAGACGAAAUCUUGGAGGUUGAUGAUAUUGAUGGUAAAUGGUGGCAAGCAAAAAGAUCAAAUGGACAAGUUGGUAUUUGUCCAUCAAAUUAUGUGAAGUUAAUGGAUUAG